UGUACUUAAUGCCUGGCGUCGGAACUCGGAGGGAACGGAAAGAGGCCUUUCGGGGAGUUGGGGAGCCCUCUUAUAACUGCAGGUCUCUGGACCCUCCCACCCACACCCAACCCAGCCUGCCAGCUCCCUGUUCUCUUCUAGCCCGCUCCAGCCGCAUCAUGAAGCCAGUCCUGUCCUUCACUGUGUUGGCUGUCCUCCUGUACUUUUUGGCAGAAGGCCCCAGCCCCGUUCAGGGUUCUUCAAGUGUGGCCGAGGGCUUUGAACGAUUCCAGGAGAAGCUGAAGGAGCUGUCAGACACUGUGGCUAACAAGGCCAAGGCCGCCAUCGCCCAGCUCAAGCACAGCGAAUUCUCCACCAAAACUAGGAACUGGUUCACACAGAAUUUCCAGAAAAUGAAGGAGAAAAUGGAAGCCACCUUCUCCAAGAAACACUAGGGGGUCCAUCCCCCCUAGUUGGGCAGUGCUCUCCCAGAAGCCAAUAUCCUUCUCACCUGAAGAAAGGGGAAUCUAAAUGCUCCCCCUUUCUUCUGUCUUCCCUCUCCAGUCCUCCAAUCCUCUGUUCACUGACUAAUUAUAAUAAAGGUUAUAUAGACCCUGA